CACACUAAAUGUAUCCGAGUUGCGCGUCGCUUGCGCCCGUGCAGGACUAAGUUAAACUGGUUGCAAUCAGAAAGAUAGUCAGUCAGCGUGUAGACUUUCAAGCCAAAACCACGAGAGCAGAGGAAUCAUCUUGUGACGUCACAAUGUCUGUAGUUCGGGAUUUUUACCACGUGGAGAUAGAUAAUAUCGGUAAAGGAAAAAGAGUUCGUCAGCCACCAGGUGGAGAGAGUAGCGACAUCUUUGGUACCGCAAAUGGUGAAGUAGAGCAUCAAACUCCAAGUCCGCAUGUAGUUAAAAAUCUAAUGCAGUCGAGAAUCUUCAGUCAAGAUGGCGAUAUUACUCCAUCACCCCAAUCAAGACGACAAAAUCAAAGCGGUGACAGUCAGAGUCGACUGUUUGGACCUCCAGAAGAAGACAAUUCACCAAGGAAGAUAGUUGAUCGCCUAAAAUCCAAUAUAUUUUCUGAAGAAGAAAGUUUGAAUGAAACCCCAAACUCCAAAAAGAAUGAUUCAGAAGAUCAGACUGAUGACGAUAAACAAACGACUCCUGAGAAAGUACCAGUACGCACUAGAAUUCCGCCAGGAGGCGUUUCAUCCGGAAUAUUUUAACAAGGGGGAGAGUUGUGUCUGAAAAGGCGUGGGGGCAUGAUUCUGUAAAAUGGUUUUACUGUUCCAGAGAUCGAUAUUUUGUAUUUGAUGUUAGAUUGAGACUUAAUCGGUUCCCAUUUUAUUACGUGUUCUAAUUUCUAGCUUUUGAAAUAUUAGCUCGAGUUUAGCGUAUGAGAAGAAAAAGAUCAAUCAAAAAAAGCUACGUAGUAAGCAAUGAAUUUUGACAAGCACAUUUACUGAUUAUUAUUUUUUAAAAUCGUUUGAGGAGAAAGAAAACGUACAUUUUUGUCGUAAAAUAAAAUCGUGAGUAAACGUUUGUCUCUAAAUAUACACAAUCCUGCUAAACAAUUAAGAUCUACCUUUAUCGAGCAAGAGUUAAUUAAACCAAAGGCUUUUGUAUUACUUAC